GGGAGGAAUUAUGCCAUUCGUGGAGCUGGACACUAACCUGCCGCCGCAACAAGUACCCCAGGACUUGGCGGAGAAGCUCUGCUCAGCUACUGCUACCAUUCUGAGCAAACCAAGGGAGAGGGUAAAUGUGACUGUGAGGACUGGAGUCUCCAUGGUAGUGGGAGGUUCAUGUGCACCAUGCACCCAACUGCUUGUCUCCUCUAUCGGAGUGGUGGGAACAGCAGAACAGAACAAAGAACACAGUGCUAAGUUCUUUCAGUUCCUGACAGAAAACAUGGGCCUUGAACAGGACAGGAUUUUGCUGAGGUUUGUUCCAUUAGAGCCAUGGCAGGUUGGAAAAAAAGCAACAGUCAUGACGUUUCUAUAACUUCUCAAGAAGUUAGAGACCACAACUGCACAGAAUCACCAUAUCCAUCUCUACUAUGACCAAGAUACCGAGUGUACAGCCAUCUGUAUGCUACAUGUCACCUGAUAUUACACAAGCUGUAAAAAAAUUAUCACAGUCCCUCCAAAAAAGGGGUCCGAACAAAACAGAUUAAUUUGCAAGGUUAAUCGGAACCCAUUUUAGCCACCCAACCAAAAAUCUCAUGCUUUCUUUCUGGGUAAAAGACAAACACCAUACUGUUCAGUGUACUUGAUGGAACUAGUUGAGCUGCUGUAUAUUUUACUGAAUUGCAACCUGCAGCUGUCCACAGACACAGCUAUAGUAUCAAGUAGAUACAAGUCUAAAGCAGUUAAGUAGUAAUAAGUAUUCUUGAAAAAUGCUUCAACAAUUAUCUGUGAACUGAAGAAGCGACUUGGAUAACUGGUGAAAUGUUUUUAAGAUUACAUAGCAAAGUCCGUUGAUUUAGUCAUAUCUGUACUUGAUAACCAUCUAUCAUGCUUUCUUGGUGUGGUCUGCAAUACAUGUUUUCUCUGACUUAUGAAAGGCAACAAGACUGUCUACUCUGAAGUUGCAUUCCAUGAUGUAUUUUUGGUAAAUAAAAGUCAUUAUGAAUA